UCCUUCGGCAACGCAGACCACAGCUUUUGAAACCUCAACAAGCUGCGGGCGCCACAUCCCCGCCCCGCGUUUCUACUUCCCCUGUGUCGCGCUGUGGCCUGACUCGCCAUCGCCUCUGCCCGACGCAUUUUCCGCAAAUCCGAACGAUGCAGCAUCACGAAAGUCUCCCUUAGAAAUAAUAUUAGGUAGUGUUGUUGAUUGGACUUGGUUGAGUUGAGUCGAGUCGCGGCCAUUGUGCGAGGUGCGUCUUGCAAGGACCGGGGCUAGAUGAAAUCUGGGACCAUUGUCGCUACCAAGUCCGACAUUAAUUGUUACGCCAUGGUCUUCAACGCUGGUCUACACCACUUUGGCGGGAGCAACUUGGAUGUGGAUUUGAACUUUGCUUGCGGAAACUAGUCCUUGCUUGUUUGUACCUUUCGAGUCCAUUGGUUUUGGCGACUCCAACAUCAUCUACUUUAAUCUCACUGGCAACUGGUUUGAGGUAGGUGGUUGGACGACGCCAUAAGUUGGGGGAACAGACUUUAGUUCGAGGUUUCGAAGCAAUGGCAUCGGGUGACAUACGGAAAUGGUUCAUGAAGCAGCCUGCCAAGUCUACCCCAGCUGCAACGCCUGCAAGCAAUGACACUAGCAAAGGUGGGGAGAAGAAUGGGACUACGGGUAGAUAUAACUCCACCAGCAAGUUCUUUCCAAGCUCCUCUCCAGCAAGUCAGGAUAAAGACCGUAAAGAAGAAAGCAAGCCACUGUCGGUAAAGGCCAGUGCUGGGUCCAGUAAAAGGUUUAAGGGUGUUGAUUCGGGCUCCGAAGAUGAUGAAUUCGACAAGCCUCCCACCAAAAAGAUACGAAAUGUGGAGGUAAGCGAUGAGAAAUUGUCGUCAGCGGGGAGGGGAAGGGGAAGAGGAAGAGGGAGGGGGAGAGGAGAAUCAAAUGUCAAGGUAACUGACGACAUGGAUAUUGAUGCUCCUCCUGCUAAAACAUCCACAGGAGGGCGAGGUAGGGGUAGAGGAAGAGGUAAUAGUGAUACACCUGGUGCUAGUACAUCUGUAGAUGAGGAUCUCGAAUCUUCUCCAAAGAAGCCUUCCGGUCGAGGAGGAAGGGGUGGAGGGGGACCUUCUGCAUCACAAGCUGAUUCCAAACCAGCGCCUGCUGGAAGAGGUCGUGGAGGAGGAGGCGGAAGGGGUGGUUUCAAUUUUGGCGCCAGAGAGGCUCCUCCUCACAAAGGGGAAAAGGAGGUUCCCCAAGGCGCAGACGAUGCUUUGGCGAACUUAACCUUUGUUAUCAGUGGGACUCUGGAUAGUUUAGAGAGAGAGGAAGCCGAGCACCUGAUAAAAUCUCAUGGUGGGCGCGUCACAGGCUCUGUCAGCAAGAAAACAGACUAUUUGUUAGCGGAUGAAGAUAUCGGGGGUCGCAAAUCACAGAAGGCGAAGGAGCUCGGGGUGAAGUUUAUUACUGAAGACGGCUUGUUCGAGAUGAUUCGCAAAACUAAGCCAAAGGCUGCAGCAACCUCAUCUCAGGCACCUCGUCCAUCAGAGCCAGCUCAACCUCAGAAAGCUGCUGAAGUGAUAAAACCAAUAAUACCAAAGACAGACGAUGUUAGGAACGUGAAGGGCAAGAUUGCAAAUGGAACUUCAUCAUCAGUGGGCAAUGAAAAGUCAAUAGCAUCUGGCACAGAGUCAUGGCCUUACAAACAUCGACCACAAUCUAUCAAUGACAUCAUCGGCAACCAGUCAAUUGUGAAACAAGUUCAAGACUGGCUCGUACAAUGGGAGAAGCAUCAUGGAAAUGCAGUGAAGGGAAAGAAAGGAAGCAGCAGUACUUCUCAAAAGAAGGCUGUGCUACUUAGUGGGCCGCCGGGGAUUGGGAAGACAACAACCGCGCGUCUUGUUUGUGAUCUACUAGGUUACGAAGCUCUGGAGGUAAAUGCUAGUGACACUCGUGGAAAGUCCGAUUCCAAUGUAAAGAACGGUAUAGGGGGUAAAACCAGUAAUACCAUAAAAGAAAUGAUAAGCAAUAGGUCAUUGGGUUUUGGCAGCAAAAGCGAGAGAAAGGCUGUGUUGAUUAUGGAUGAAGUGGAUGGUAUGUCGGGUGGUGAUCGCGGUGGAGUAGCAGAUCUUAUUUUAAGCAUUAAAUCCAGCCACAUUCCUAUUAUCUGCAUUUGCAAUGACAAGUACAGUCAAAAGUUAAAGAGCCUUAUAAACUAUUGCCUGCCUUUACCGUUCAGAAAGCCAACGAAACAACAGAUGGCCAAGAGGUUGCAACAAAUUGCCAAAUCUGAAGGACUUGAAGUUGACGAUUUAGCUUUGGAGGAGCUUUCAGAGAGGGUGAAUGGAGACAUGAGAAUGGCUCUGAAUCAGUUACAGUAUAUGAGCCUAAGGUCAAGGAGUCUCAAGUAUUCAGAUGUGCGGACAAGGCUCAUGGCUAGUGCAAAAGAUGAGGAUGUUACUCCUUUCUCAGCUGUUGACAAGUUAUUAGGAUUUGAGGGAGGACGUUUACGAAUGGAUGAGCGUAUCGAUGCAGCAAUGUCAGAUAUGGACCUUGUGCCUCUCCUCGUGCAGGAGAAUUACUUGAAUUAUUGUGGGCCCGGUGGCCGGGAUGAUAGCGGGACUGCUCGUAUGGAUGCCAUAGCGCGGACUGCCUUGAGCAUAGCAGAAGGUGACAUAGUAAAUGUUCAAAUUCAUAGAUUUCGACAGUGGCAGCAUGCUCAGAUGGGUGCAUUUAUGUCUUCCGUUAUCCCGGCUGCAUAUAUACAUGGCCGGCGAGAGGUGCUGGUGCAGGGUGAACGUAACUUCAAUAGAUUUGGAGGAUGGCUUGGAAAGAACUCAACGUUUGGCAAAAAAACUCGUCUCCUUGAGGAUGUUCAUGUCCAUAUGCUGGCUUCUCGAAUAUGCGAACCCACCAGAGAGGCUGUUCGAUUAGACUACUUGCCUCUCCUCUCGAUGCAUCUGACUCAGCCUCUGCACACCUUGCCGAAGGAUGAGGCAGUGCAGCAAGUGGUAGAUCUGUUGGAAGAGUAUUCACUGGACCAAGAAGAUAUGGAUACUAUUGUUAGUAUGUCUACAUUGAAGGGUGGAGAGGGACUACUUGAAGGUGUGCCAGGUGCCACCAAAACUGCUCUCACGAAAACCUACAAACAGCGAUUGAGUGAUCGUCGCGUACGAUCUGCAGACUUGCUACCAGUUAUGUCUUUACCUGGUACCAAAAAGGCUGCCAAAAAGCCUGCACGCAUGAACUUUAUGGCAGCUGAGGAUGAAGAAAGCUUGGAAGCUCUUGAAGAUGCCAUUGACGAUGUAAAUGAAGACAAUGAUGGUGAGGACGAGGAUGAGGAGGGAGCGGACGAAAAGUCAUUAGCCUUGCUGACUCAAUCAAGACCAGGAAUGACUGUGACACUAGAUCCAAAAUCAAAACCAGGAGCAGGAAGAGGUCGUGGGAGGGGUACAACAAAAGCUAGCCAAGCUAAGACACCUACAUCAUCCAAGAAAUCACAAGAGCAAAAAGCAACAUCGGCAGCAAAGCGCAAGAAAUAGGGGCACAACUUGGCAUCAGUGUAAUUAAGGAUUUGUUGGGGACUACGGUAUUCUCGUCAACCCCGUAUGUUGUGAUUAGUAUUUUUGGCAGUAAAUUGUUGGCCAUCAAGAUAGUAAUGGUUAUUGCAAAAAUAUUUAGGAGGAUGAUCUCUAUCGGUGAGAAUUGAUCAUAACAUAUGUUUUCUUACGGCGACUUUUUCUAACGACGCUUGCAUACGAAGUAUGGGUUAUUUUUGUGUAAACGACCAUUAUUCUGAUGGUUGUAGAUCACUGAAGACAUUGAAGUUUGUAUGGAAGGGAUGAUAUCUAUGUUUUCUGCAGACUACGAUUCCGCUAGAUUAAUGUAUAUACAGUGCUCAUUUUGAGUAAUCGUGAGUGAUUGCUUGAUUA